AUGCUCAAUCUGUUUCACCACUUUACCAAUCCCUUGGGUCCGAAACGCGGGCNGAGUGUCUCGGGCGUGUUUACCACGUUACGGGUGUUUCGUGUCUUCCGAGUGUUCAAGUUCUCUCGUCACUCCGUCGGGCUUCGAAUUUUAGGCUACACGUUGAAAUCGUGCGCUUCCGAGCUCGGAUUCUUGCUGUUCAGUCUCACUAUGGUCAUCAUCAUUUUCGCCACAGUGAUGUAUUAUGCGGAAAAAUCGGUCGAGGGGACCACGUUUUCCAGCAUCCCGUCAGCUUUCUGGUACACUAUCGUCACAAUGACAACUUUGGGUUAUGGUGACAUGGUUCCGGAGACAAUUGUGGGGAAAAUUGUGGGCGGAAUGUGCUCCCUGUCCGGGGUUCUUGUCAUUGCUCUGCCCGUGCCUGUCAUUGUAUCGAAUUUUUCACGAAUCUACAAUCAGAGUCAACGGUCUGACAAACGUCAAGCGCAAAAGCGUGCACGUCAAGCUCGUAUUCGACUUGCCCAAAUGAUGGCCACAGUAAAUGCAAGCGAACAUCACUCGGAUUCAAGCGAGGAUGAUCUGGGAGGAUUUCAUCGUCUGAAAGGUUUACUGCAUCGCUCCAAAGAUGGCAGCCCAAAACACUACGGUCACACGGAUAGUUCCCAUGAGCUAUUGACUGGUAGCUGGGCUGAAAUGAAUCAUGAUACACAGAGUAAUAUAGCUCAAGUUCAUCCACAACCUUACAAACAGACAUUAAAUUCAAGUCAUCAAAAUGUUCACCUCGAACGACAUGUACUCGUGCACACGGAUUCGGAUGGUUCAAUCACAGACAGUAAUUUGACGGGUUCAGCCCCAAGAUCUUCGGCCAAGUGGACAGGUAACCAUGCUUCAAAAACCAAAUCGUUUCCAUCAGACGAAGUUGUUCGGCGUGUGGCGUCCGACAUGCCCGAACCGGUCGAAGCGGACCCAAAUGGAUCGAUGUCCCGGGGAAUUGUGCCUGCCAGUGAUUCCUCCAUAACCACUUACAGUCAAGCCGGAAAUCACCACGGAAGGAAUGAUCACUCCAGUUACGGAUCACAGACGCGCAAACGCCGCACAAACCAAAGUCAUGAGAAGCAGCCAAUGUGUUACGAUGAUGUAAUCGCGUUGCAGCAAAGACACCUAAUAGAGUGUCUUUACGUGAUAACGGGUCGUUUACCAUCGUCGGCCUAUUCGGAAAGAAGUACUAAUAUGGAAGAAUCAUAUCACUCCCGAAAUCCAUUGCAUUUGCACUUAAUGCGCCCAGGCAAGCAGGGAGUGGGUCGACGUUUCCGCCUGAAACGAUCGGAUUCAAAGACCCCGGAUGACGAGACCAGUCGCCGUUCCAGUAUGGCCGAGCUGAGUAUCAAACAUCGAUCACUGAUUGAGCAUUCCGAUGAGCAUGAUCACGCACUCGAGUCGCAUCACCAUCAUCAUCAUCAUCUACUACGUCCAAUCCGAGUAGGACGCAAGCAUCAUCCGGGCGACUCACGAGCCGGAGACUAUCACGGAUCCCAUGGUGAUCUGAACUUAUUGAAACAUUUCAACGCAGCGCGACAAAAACGUGCCGAGGGAAGUCUUCCAAAUGUGGGUCGUAGGGGCAUGAAUCUCCACGGUUCACAAGGUUCAAACACAAUUCUGUCGGAUUCUCUCCCACAAAUUCGCAAACCACCCAAUAAUUCCGGCAGACGUCACACAGCAUGCGAAUCGAUUGAAGUUCAACCGUUACUCAAUUCACCGAUGUUAGGCAAGGAUGAUGAAGAUGGAAUCAACGAUCGUUUUAAAGAAAUCAUGGAAUGGCAUCCUUCCAUACCAUCUAGUCCUAGCUGGCCUCGAAUGGAAGUAAGAUCAUUUGCAACACGGCCGCACUUACCAAUAGCCAGUUCAUGCACGGUCGAUAUAGCCGAUAUUGAUAAGGUCAUAGAAACGUUACAACAAAAUUCGAACGGAAAAUUCCUUCCGGCUGAGAGUAGGAUCAAUCGUAAGGGUUCAGUACCUAAACCGGAACGACGAGGUCCAACACUUGUCCCGGCUGUUAGACCCAUUAAUUUGCAUCCAGCCAGAUUGUCAAAUUGUCAUUCAAUUGAUCGUUCUGACACGGAUCUGGGCGAGUCCUCUCCCAAAUCUGGUAGGAGUAAACCUACAACCAUUACUCUGAAAUACUCAAGUGAGACAUUGUCCAGUGACCGGGUCGUCAAACCAAACACCCAAACGUUUACCUCACCGGAGCCAGAUUCAUUCACGAACCGCGUGACAUCGAACUCAUUGACGCGUGCAACUUCUGAUCAGUCCGGUUUUACACAAAAACGAUUUAAAGAGACUGGUUCACAAAGAACACGGACCACAGUAAUAAGGAACUUCGGCCUGAAGCCGAAUAAACUGCUUACUAUCAGUAAGGUGCUUCGUCAGCCACCGUCAGUUAAAAUACUGAGUAGUUUGAAUCUGACCGAUCUAUAUAACGGAUUCGGAAAACCCUAUUUUUCUGGUGAAAUGUUAAGACAAUGGCACGAAAACAUGAACAGUGGCAUCAUGGCUUAG